UGAUAAUGUUGGCCAAAUCCCAGAUUUUGGUCGAAUGGAUCUGCGAAGAUACCAAUGCGAUGGGCAAUUGCAGUACCAUACCUAGGAUUACAGACUUGCUCCAGAUUAUUUCUGAUAAUAGCGAUAAUUACGAAUAUACAGACAUACACUAUUGCCCAUUCGCCAUCGUGGAACGGCAUGCCAAGUGUAUGAAGUCGUACGUAAAAAGUUGUGAUACUUAUAUGUCUGAAGCCAUACAAAAUAUCUUUUACACGUAYAUGCCAGAGAUUGUGGACGCAGAAACUCUCUGCACCGAAGGCCGGCCUUACAAGAAGGAAUUUAGAGAACACGUAGCUUGCACAAAAGAAUUGUUAUAUGCCGACCAAGAAUGGGAGCAAUACGUUGAAAUUCAAGAGUUGUUAUACGGACAAACAAUAGAUGCCAUCGAGGUCCAUAAGAAAUGCCAAUUUAUCAACAAUUUUUGGUAUAGUAUGGUCUUGAACAUUCGUAAGAAAUGCGGAAGGAAGACUGAAAAGUUUUCCCGCCAAGUGCUUAGCAAAAUGUGGCCAUUAUCGAUGUAUUCGUUUCGAGAAAAAUUACGAAUAAUUUAA